UCCUUGUUUCUUGCGUGCGACUUCUCUUAUAUUCCCACAUAUCAUUAGGCCCCAUAUAUAUCAUUAUGGUCCCUAGUACCAUUUGAUGGUAUACCAUCGAAGCUAGCUAGCUCUUAUUGUUUGUGUGGAAUCUUUGGCUCUGGAAAUGGCGGAGGAGGUGCAGAAGGUGGUGUUCGAUUCGGGAGAGGCGGCGGCGAUGGUGGAGGAGCUGAGGGGGAGUUAUAGGUCUGGGAAGACGAGGAGCUACGAGUGGAGAGUGUCGCAGUUGAAGAAGCUGAAGAAGAUAACAGAGUUUCACGAGAAGGAAAUCGUUGAGGCUCUCCGGUCUGACCUGUCCAAGCCGGAAACUGAAUCCUUCGUUCAAGAGAUAGGCAUGUUGAAGAGCGCGUGUAAAUUAGCCAUUAAACAACUGAAGUCAUGGAUGAAGCCAGAGACGGCUAAAACUUCAAUGACCACUUUCCCUUCGUCAGCUGAAAUAGUAUCUGAGCCUCUUGGUGUUAUACUAAUAAUUUCAGCUUGGAAUUAUCCUUUCUUGUUGUCCCUUGAUCCAGUUGUUGGAGCCAUUGCAGCCGGGAAUGCUGUGGUUCUAAAACCAUCAGAACUUGCUCCUGCUACAUCGUCAUUGCUUGCAAAACUAUUAGGAGAGUAUAUGGAUAGCUCUUCUGUGAGAGUGGUUGAGGGGGCUGUUGCUGAAACAUCUGCAUUAUUGGAGCAGAAAUGGGACAAAAUCUGUUACACAGGAAACGGAAGAGUGGGAAGGAUUGUGAUGGCUAGUGCUGCAAAGCACCUCACACCUGUCCUUUUGGAGCUUGGAGGAAAAUGUCCUGUUGUUGUUGAUUCUGGCAUUAACUUACAAGUUGCAAGUAGGCGGAUAAUUGCAGGAAAGUGGGGCUGUAAUAAUGGACAGGCUUGCGUUUCCCCUGACCACAUUAUAACAACAAAAGAAUUUGCUACUAAAUUGGUGGAUGCCUUGAAAAGUGAACUGGAUAACUUCUAUGGGAAGAAUCCACUACAAUCUAAAGAUUUGUCUCGUAUUGUGAAUUCUAAUCACUAUGAUCGCUUGACAAAGCUGUUGGAUGAAGAUAAGAUUUCUGGUAAGGUCAUCCAUGGAGGUGAAAGGGACAAAAACAACUUGAGGAUAGCUCCCACCAUCUUACUUGAUGUUCCACAAGACUCCCUCAUAAUGCAGGAGGAGAUCUUUGGUCCCUUGCUUCCUAUUAUCACGGUUGACAAGAUAGAAGACAGCUUUGAUUUGAUAACCUCAGGAACAAAGCCUCUUGCUGCAUAUUUGUUCACCAACAAUCAGAAGCUGAAGGAUCACUUUGUCGGGAAUGUCUCUGCAGGAGGUUUGCUUAUCAAUGACACUACCCUCCAUCUUGCUGUUCCCACCUUGCCAUUUGGAGGAGUUGGGGAAAGUGGAAUGGGUGCAUACCAUGGGAAAUUCUCUUUUGAAGCCUUCAGCCAUAAGAAAGCAGUUGUUUAUCGAGGUUUCUUUGGAGAUGCUGCUGUGAGGUACCCUCCUUACACAAAGGGCAAGCUAACUCUUAUGAAGGCUCUGGUUGGCGGUAGUCUUUUGGGGAUAAUCCGCGCUCUGUUCGGAUGGUCCGAGGCUUAGCUUGAUGUAAUUUCUUCUCUCAUCAUAUGUUGAUAAAUGUUGCAAGUUUUUCAGUAUUUUGGUUUUGCUUAGAAUGCCAUCCGGGCCACCCUUAUAUUCAUUUCUUCUAAAGCUCUAAACUCUCUUGUUAGUAUAGAAACAUUGGGUUAUUUACCCUGCAGUAUACAAGACCCCAAUCUAACUCUGUCUUGGGUGAAAACUAUCUCCUUGAGCUUCUACCUAUCUUUUACAAUGAAGUAAUGGGUUCUGUACAUUGUGCCA